AUGGGGACCGCAAAGCAGUCCCAGCCUGGCGGCUUGGGCGGGCUGUACUCCAUCAUGCAGACAAUGGAGUCCAAGCUCGGCGGCGGCGAGGGCGUGGAGGGCAUCUAUGGAUCCAUCACCGCCACCGGCAUGCAGAAGAUUUUCGACUGCAUGCAUCACAGCUGCGCCCUGGGGCCCAGGAGCACGCUCAUCGACAUAGGAGCCGGCCUUGGGAGGCCCCUGCUGCACGCGGCGCUGAGCCACCGCCUCGCGGGCGCGUAUGGCGUGGAGCUGGACCCCGUCAAGUGCUCCAAGGCGGAGGCCUUCAUUGCUUAUGUCAUGCGCGAGCUGCGCGGCCGUGGCCUGGGCCACGACGGCAUGGCCACGCCCCUCAUCACGCGCGCGGCGGUCGAGCGGGUGGCGUCCCUGGACCCCGGGACCCACGCCUACAGCUUCUGGGAGGGCGUGCCGCGGGAGGGCAAGGCGGCGUUUGGGCGCCUCUUCCGCGCCUCGCCCACGCUCAAGGCGGUGGCCGUUGUGCAGCGCGCGAUGCGCGGCAUCAACCCCUGUCUGGAGAUGAGGCAGCUAGGGUUUGGGCCGCUGCUGCUGAUCAAGAGCUUCUCUGUCAACAUGUCGGGCAGCGGGCGAGCCUUCACGGCAUACAUCUUCUCAAAGGUGCCCGCCCCCACAGCCGACCUGCUGCGCCGCCAGUCGCGCGCCAGCAUCGGCGCUGAUGCUGCAGGCAGCCCCUCCGCCGCGAGCCCGAGCUGCAGCGGCUCCGCGGGCGGCGAUGCAGACGCGGCGUCGCCGGCGGCGGCGGCACCGCCGCGGGCGGGGCGCGGCGCGCCGGGCGCCGCGACGGCGCACCCGCAGCGGCUGGUGCGGCUGCGCACAGCUGAGUCCGAGGCGGAGGCGGAGAGCCAGAUGCGGCAGUGGCAGGCGCCGCUGGCGGCUGCGGCAGACUGCAAAGCGGCGGCCGGCCGCAGCCCGCGCGGCAAGCGGGGCCUGGCGGCGGGCGCGGGCGCGGCCGGGGAGCGGCAGGAUGAGGAGGGGGUGGAGGGCGAGGGGUCGCCCAGCAAGAAGACGCGGGAAGCCGGCGCCAGCAACAAUGACAGCACGCGAAGCACAGAUCAGGAUGUGAGCGGCGGCGGCGCCGCGUCCCAUUCGUAUGGCCUCCGCCCCAAGCGGCUGGACCUGUCCAGGAGCCUCAGCGGCACGGGCUCUGGCGACGGUGCCGCGGCGGCGGCGCGGGCCGUGGGCGGGGCCAGGAGGGCGCGGCACGGGGCCGCAGCGGGCGCGGCGGACGGCGGCGGCGCUGGCCAGGCGCGCAGUCGCAGCGGAGGCAGCGCGGGCGCAGCAGCGGCAGCUGCAGGAGCUGAUGCCGAGGCGUCCUCGCGGGCGCCGGCAGCGGCGCCGCGGCGGGCGCAGCGGCAGGGCGGCACCCACACAGAUGCCGGCGCCGGCGCGGCGGGCGGGCAGCCCGACGAGCAGCCUGGCGCAACGGGUGCGGCUGUGGGUCAAAUGGAUGGGCAGGGGCAGGAACAGGGACAGGGGCAGACGGCGGCACCGGCUGGUCCAGCAGCAGCAGGCGCCGGCGCCAAGCUCAGGCAGCCCGCCAUCUCAUCCGCCUUCAGGCAGCGCAAGGCGGGCGCCGGCAGCAAGGCCAGCAAAGCGGCGGCGGCGGGGCCGGGCCGGGGCCUGGGCGUGGCGGCGGCGCCCCCGGGGCUGCCGUUACCGUCGGCUUGA